CGACGAGGAGACAUGAUCGCAAAGGUGGCAACCAUCCUGAGCCUAGCAGCAAUGGCUGCAGCCGGAGCCAUAGCACCACACGGAGGUUUUAGUACAACUCACCGGAAGCAAGAUGACUUCGGGCGCUACAGCUUCGGCUACAACGUGGUGAACGGCCUGGGCGCCAGGAACAGCCGCUACGAGACCGGCGCGGCAUAUGGACCCGUAGUGGGCAGCUACAGCCUCGCCGACAUCGAUGGCCGCGCCCGUCGCGUCGAUUACGUGGCCGACAAACUCGGCUUCCGCGCCGUGGUGCGCACCAAUGAGCCUGGCACCAAGACGAGCCUGGCCGCCGCCGCGCCCUACGUGUCCGCCAAGGGACCUGUAGUACCUUCGGCUGGAUUCGGAGGAGGAUACUUCCCCUUCGCUGGUGGCUACGGAGGCUACGGAGGCUUCUACGGCUGAGACGCUUGCCUGAGUCGCCUAAACACACUCCGUCUACGCUUGCGCUAAGUUCGGCGGAGUCUGCUCUUUCAAGCUUACCUCUCUCCGUUCCUGCUGUGCAUCGUGAUUGUCCGUCAUCUUCCGUGACUCCCGUUGCUGAUCGCUGCUGAGGCCCUUCUUCGUCCCCGUGUUGUCUCUAGUCUUGUCGCUGCUUGUGUUGAUGCUU